GGAGGAAGGCGGUGCAUACAUAACCCAUUUCACUUCUUCUUUGUCAGUGUGGUCUUCAAAUAGCAGUUCAGCAGUCUAGUUUUCUUUGUAUGGCUGUUGGAACAGAGCCUGACUUUUUCUCUUUAUGUCAGUGUAUAGAGGACAUGCAAUAAAGGACAAGCCUAAUUGCAGGUGUGAUUCUUUGAUUUCUGUUUUAUAUUUCACAUACCUGUGUACAUCCUUUUUGUUCUGAAGACUAUUUUUCCAGUUUUGUUCCUCAAAAAUAUAGCUAGAGAGGAUUGUCCUGGCGUGAUCUGGCAACUUCGUUGUCCCUUUCCAUCCCACUUACGCCGUGUGACGUGUCGCCUUUUCGGUGCUCGCGCUGUCAGUCACACUAACAAGUGCUGUGAGGUAAUUUGCCUAAAUUACACAGCAUUCAGUUAUUUUGUUCAAAAUCUUUGCGUAUUGUUGAUUCUGAUUUUGACAUACGCGUAAGUUGAAAAUGUAUCUUAUCCACUGAUGUAGCCUAUAUUGUGCACUCAAGGUUAGAAUGGCAGUCCACCAAGGUUUAAGGACGAGAGCCCUAGUGAUAUGGUGGGUGCUGGCGAGUCUUUCUAUCUGUUUGACCCAGGCCGAACCACGCCGCCACCGUAAGUACUGUUACAGUAAUGCCACACAUCCAUACCACCACUUUGGAACCAAAACUCCUUACGACUACGCCAAAGGGCACUUCUCUCACCUGGAUUUGGUCCCUGAAGGUUGUGUGGCGGCUCAAGCAUGGCACCUCAUCCGCCACGGGACUCGGUACGCAAGUGCAGGUGUCAUCGCGGCCUUCGUGUCGGAGCUGCCCGUUCUGCAAGCUGAAGUUGUUAAAGCCCAUCGGUUGGGGCAAGGAAGGCUGUGUGCCGGUGACCUGUCACUGUUGACUCGCUGGAGUCUGGAGGGUCUCAACACGUCCUGGUCCUCGAUGCUGGCGCCCGAGGGAGAACUGGAAUUACAUGGUCUUGCCACCAGGUACCAGGCCGCUCUGCCUUCCCUCCUGGACCAAAACUUCUCUAAUGAUUCAUUCAAGUUCCGCCACACCGCGACUCAACGAACGGAGGCCAGCGCGAGAGCCUAUGCCAAAGGACUGUUUAGCGACGACUCGGCCUACUUGCCCCUGCCCCUCGACCCUGACCCGCUGCUGAAGUUCUAUGACGUGUGCGACAAGUACCUGGUGGAGGUGGAGGACAACCCGGCGGCCACGCGGGAGGGUCGUCUGUUCUGGGCGGGACGGCGAGUGACGCGCGUGCUGAACAGGGUGUCCCGCCGCCUGGGCCGACCUUGUUCGAGAGACGAGGUGGAGCUGCUGUACGACGCUUGUCGUCACUAUCAGGCGUGGCAACCGGCGCGACCCUCCCCCUGGUGCGUCGCCUUCACGCCCCACGACCUGCAGGUCAUGGAGGACUACCACGAUCUGAUGUCAUACUACAAGGACGGGUAUGGACACAACAUCAAUACGGCGAUGGCCUGUCCCCCGCUGAAGGACGUCUACCAACACUUCAGUGAUGUUGUGGAGGGUCGGCCGAGUCCACGAGGGAUCUUCUACUUCACCCACUCCACGGCGCUCCUCACUGUCAUGUCUCGCCUGGGGCUGUACCGUGACGCUGCGCCGCUCACACACCGUCACAUGAACCCGGCGAGACAGUGGCGCACCUCCCAGCAUGGAACGUUUGCCACCAAUCUCGCCUUCACGCUCUCCCGCUGCGCUCAAAACAGGUGGUGGGUGAGUGUGGCCGUGGGUGAGCGGCUGGUGGGGCUCGACGGGUGUGCUGGUUCAGGAUGCUCGUGGGAGGAGUUCACUCAGGUGAUGGCAGGAUCCCGGAGCUGUGACCUGGACGCUGUGUGUGCUGUGACUCCUGCUCGUGCUCCUGCUCCUCUUCCUCCUCCAGUGUCGCCUAUCGGUGGUGGAGGCCGACGGUGGAGUGUCGGGGUAGUGCGUUUCUUCCUCGCCCUUAUCAGUGCCUUGGAUGCCUUCUCAUGGGGCAGCCCUGACCCUGAAGUGCGCCUGGCCAACCCUUAGGAUCUAGUAGGCCUGCUCUUGGUAGGUUCACAUACAUAGGAGGGAGUUGAAAGACUAAGAAGUAAGGGGAGUUCGGGUUGAAGAAAGUUACCAUAUGUCACUUCCUGCUCUCCAUCGUGACUUGUUAAGCUGAACCUGUGAAUUGCGAAACCCAGUAUGUGAACAGCACCUUAAAAUUUGUUACUACGAUGGUACACAGCAGCGCUAAGGAGCCGUCCACCCCAACCUCGAGGCGAGAGAGACAAAGCUCCUGUCGUCCUUCCUCUUGAAGCACUUCGUCCCUUGUAUUCCUCGGAGGCUGGAAGGAUAACUGAAUGCGCGCCACUGUCAGACCUUCCUCUCGCCGCCCUUACAGAUGCGACGCGAGGACCCUCAAGCUGCGGCGAAGUGUGUGGGAGGGCUAUGGAGAAAGGGCCAUUACCGUUCUCUGUUCUUGUAUCAUUGAUGUUAUUAUUAUUAUUAUUAUUAUUAUUAUUAUUAUUAUUAUUAUUAUUAUUAUUAUUAUUAU